AUGAGAGUCCAUGGAUCAAAAUCACUUAUGCCUUUUCAAAAAGGUAUUCUUAUAACUAAUAAAUCAUUUGAAAAUCUAUUCAAUGAUCUACAAAGCGAAUACGACAUAAAGUAUAUAAUUUCUCGACGGCUCAACCAAGAUGGUCUUGAAGCAUUUUUUAGUUAUAUGAAAGGUAUGGGUGGUUCAAAUGAUCAUCCUACACCAUUGGACUUUAAAUAUAGAUUACGUUGGUACGUUUUGGGAAAACAUUCAAAUAUACUAUUUACAGUUCACCGAAAUACUGAGGAACAAACCGAUGAAGAAUGUUUGAUUGACUCAUCAAUUUUGUCUGCCAAAAUAUUACAUGACUCAAAAGUAGUUGAAUGCUCUUCUAAUACUUUGUCUUUUGUUGAAACCAUUACAAUUGAGAAUGAAUUAGAUGUUCGUCAGUCGUCUCUCGAUUUGUUGGAUGAGUUUGAACUGGAGGUUAACAAAUAA